AUGGACAACCCAGACGACUACUCCGACUACUGGAUCUACAAACCCUCCAUCGUAGGCGCGGCCAUCGCAACAGGAAUCUUUACCGUCCUAACAGCAAUCCACAUAUUCCGACUCUCCCGCACCCGCUCAUGGUUCUGCAUCCCUUUCGUCCUCGGCGGACUCUUCGAAGUGAUAGGCUACGCCAGCCGCGCCGCCAGUCCCUCCAACGCCGAUAAUUUCGCCCUCUUCAUCCUCCAAACCCUCGGCAUUCUCCUCGCUCCCAUCCUCUUCGCUGCCUCCGUCUACAUGAUCCUCGGCCGUCUCAUCCGCGCUACAGGCGCCGAGUCGUACGCGCUCAUCCGGGUCAAUUGGAUUACCAAGAUCUUCGUCGGCGGUGAUAUACUAUGUUUCGCGAUUCAGGCCGGCGGUGGUGGCAUCUUGGCUGGUGCGGAUACGAAGAGCAGUAAGGAUCUGGGACAGAAUAUUAUUCUGGCGGGCUUGGUGUUGCAAAUUGUGAUUUUUGUGGGGUUUGUGGUCGUGGCGGUGGUUUAUCAUAUGAGGUUGAGGGCCAGACCGACAGGGAAGGGACCGGCUGUGAUGAGUUGGGAGAGGUUGUUGAUUAUGUUGUAUGUUGUCAGUGUGUUGAUCACGAUGCGCAAUUUGUUCCGUUGUAUCGAAUAUGGGCUGGGAGAGGGAUCCUAUUUGCUCCGUCACGAGUGGCCAAUUUACGUUUUUGAUGCUGUGUUGAUGGCUAUUGUUCUGGGUAUUUGCCAGCAGUGGUAUUUUGGAAGUCUGAAAGCGAAACAUGAUAGUAUGGAUGUUGAGAUGAAUUCUUCGGACACGACGGCGUCGAGGUAG